GCGGAGCUGUGCUUUCAGUGACCACAACAACAUCAGUGCAUUAUAAUUCAUCUCCAGAGAAUGAAGUCUGCCGCCGCAUCAGGACUCGCGUCGGACAAGAAAACACAUACAAGCCGCCGUCAUCAUGGGAAACUACGGCCGCUCUGUCGCAGAUGUUUCUAACGACCGAGGCAAUGAACAUUUUCACGGGUGCCAGGAGACAUGAUCGCCUUUCACUUAUUUACCCUCCGUAUACUGUCGAAGAAGAAGUGACCUUCUCUGAGGAGGAAGAUGUCAGCGCUGAAAAAGACCACAAGUUUUCACCUUGGUCCCCGUCUCGAAAGUUCAAUGAAGGCAGACGCCUCCCUCCAGCCAGGAACAUGAAGGGCUUAUCGGGCAGCCGUUCCCAGCACCAGAUCCCUUUACCCUAUGGCUUGGACUAUGACCCCCACGGCCAUGACAUCCACGGUCACCAUGGCUCUGACUCCCGCCACUCGUCCUACCUGCUCAGCCCCACAGAGAGCUGCCCCAUGGACUUCCACCACCGCUACUCGCCGCGCAGCUCCAUCCACUCUGACUGCAUGAUGAUGUCCCCGGUCAUGAUGCCCCCGGCUGCUGCAUCUGACCACAUCUCCAGCAGCACCUUCCCCAGAAUGCACUACAGCUCUCAGUAUUAUGACUCAGCCACACGGGACGACUGCGCUGCCAUCACAGCCUCUGCCACCUCCCCGGCCGUCGCUGCCGCAGCAGCCGCGGCGGCGGCCUCCUCCCAUCUCGCCGGCACCAAGAGCAACCGCCUUCCUGCUAACCUACUAGACCAGUUUGAGAAACAACUGCCACUACAUCGCGAUGGCUUCCACACGUUACAGUACCAGCGCACCUCCACCACCACUGAGCAACGCAGCGAGAGUCCUGGCCGCAUCAGACACCUUGUUCAUUCUGUCCAGAAGCUCUUCACCAAGUCCCACUCCCUGGAGGGAUCAUCCAAGAUGAAUGGCACAAAAAGUGAUAUUAUGGGAGGUGGAGGAGGGAGUUAUCACCAUCACGGCCACCACUCCACCAAACAUGGUAGCAAGAGGAGCAAGAGCAAAGAACGCAAGCACCGCUCUGGCGGCUGGUGGAGCUCCGACGAUAACCUGGACAGUGACAGCACCUACCGCACACCCAGUGUCAUGUCCCGGCACCAUGGGGAACAUGUCAGCCACUGCUACCCAGAUUCCAUGCACAGCCACCACUUUGGAGACUUGUCACUCAAGACCUCUAAGAGUAACAAUGAUGUCAAGUGCUCAGCCUGUGAGAGCAUGGCCAUGGCGCCCGAGGGCAAAUUUAUGAAGAGGAGCUCCUGGUCGACACUGACAGUCAGCCAGGCCAAGGAGGCCUAUAGGAAGUCAUCGCUUAAUUUAGAGAAACCCAUGAUGCACUCGGACCUCAAGUCUUCACGGGCAUGUCACUACCUGCAGGUGCCCCAGGAUGAGUGGGGUGGAUACCCAGGUGAGAAGGAUGAGGAGAUCCCGUGUCGGCGGAUGCGGAGCAGUAGCUACGUCAAAGCUAUGGGAGAAGUGGAUGAUGAAAGCGGUGACUCCGACACCAGCCCCAAGACCUCCCCGCAGAAGGCCAUUCCGUCUGAUGCCCUCGUCCUCAAAUCAGCCAUGCAGAGACCCCAUUUAGACCACCAUAGCCAGGGCUACCACUUGAAAACCAGAGAUAUGCGACCCCACCCUAGUGUCACGCUGGACCCUGCCACCUUUCACCCCCCGCCCUUCCGCUCUCGCAACCAGAGCUACAUGCGCGCCGUCAGCACCCUCAGUCAGGCUAGCUGCGUCAGCCAGGUGAGUGAGACUGAGAUCAAUGGCCAGUUUGAGUCAGUUUGCGAGUCCGUUUUUAGUGAAGUAGAAUCCCAGGCCAUGGAAGCCUUGGACCUGCCUGGUUCGUUCCGCACUCGAAGCCACAGUUACCUCCGUGCAAUUCAGGCUGGUUAUUCCCAAGAUGACGACUGCUUGCCUUCAAUGACAUCCUCCACUGUCACUUCAACUCUCAGAUCCACAACAGAGGGAUAUGAUGUUGUGGAUGGGACCUCUUUACUAAAUGACGACAUGAUAGAGGAUGAUGACGGUGCUAGCUCCUCUGCCUAUGUGGAGCUGGAGAGGCUGGAGAGAGAGACUGCUGCUGCUCGCAGCCAGCACAGUACUAGCUCUACUGUGACAGCCAUCUCUGUCCCACCGGCAUCUCCACCUUCAUACAGGGUCCCUUCUGCCUCACCCAUAGCCUCUGAGCCGGCGGUCCCUCAGGCCAUUCAGGCCUUUAAAGAGUCCGCUAACAUGGUCGCUGCCUUCAACCUGCAGUGGAAGGAUGAAAUCUCAGCAAUGCGCUAUGAGCUGGCGGAGCUGCGGCGAGAUGUCUGUGGGGAAUUGAAGACUUUCAACAGCAACUUCUUCAACUUUACUCAGUGCUACAACAUGUGGACCUUGUGCCGGGAGCCUUGCAGCGACAGCACCACACAAACGGACGACAGAGUGUCCAUAGGAAUCCAAGCAGGUUCAAGUUGGUCCUUUCGACAGAAUACGGAGGACAAGUCAGUGAUGUGCCAACCGGAGCCAGCACCCUUCAGUAUUAUGGAUUUGAUGGACCCGCCCCGAAUUGAGAUUAUAGAGGGAACCCCUGACACCACGCCGGAGGGGUCAAGCAGCCCUGCCAGCCCCAUCCCAAUCGAGGAUUUCCCAUGGGAGAUCAACAAAAAGCAAAAGACCCCAAAGCAGCCAGACACAGUCGGCCACACAGGUGGCCACAGAAGCGCCAGUCUAGAACUGUGGAGCAGGAAGUACACCAGUGGGCCCAUGUCAUAUCUGUCUAUGUCAUUCUAAUCAUUCCCAUUCUACGCAUACUGUAAUAUGAGAGGAGGGAGCCAGGGUAAAUUUUACCAAGCAAGGCAGGGCAUAGAUGUUGUUAGAUGUCCCUUUACUCUAUGCAGACACAGAGUCUGUCAUCUCUUGAACAGGUUACAAUGUUGUUCAAGCAAUCUUUUAACAAGUGUCUUGGCUAGCCGUGGAAUAAACGAGAAUGACUUCACCAGAACAAGGUGACAGAAGAAUGUGAGAGAAUGUGGCUGAUGUUUAGAUCCUCAAGUGCCAACAAGUGCAGCAUCAUCUUCCCUCCGCUGUCUUAAAUACCCAACUUUAGGAGAUAAUUCAAGUAAAUAUGAUCGGGAAUCUGAGGAUCAUUUAAUGAUAAAAACUUAAUAAUCAGCCAUCGUGAGGUGAGGCAUAAGUUGGUCUGUUUCCGAAUAGCUCAUGUUCAUUCCAGUUUCUCUUCCUGUAGAAACAUUCUCUUAAGCACCUGAGUAUACUGAAAAAAUACUGUGAAUAACUUUAUAAACCCUAGUUUUUUAAUGAAUGCAUCAAAGAUAAAUACAUUAUUUAUGAAUUCAUUGAUAUAAUUUACCUUUUUAGUUAUUCUAAUAAAAAGCAUUCCUUUUUCAUGGCCUUCAUCCAUGUUGUAGCCAGUUCCAGUUGAAAUGGGCAUUUUGAAAAUUUCCCAGUGGUGAGCUGGUAAACCAUAUGGAAUACAGAAGUACAGUAACUGUAACAAUUUGAUAAAAAAGUAGAUAGUGCUAACAACAACUUAUAAUGAAAUUUGUGAACGCCUAAUCCUUUUGGAAUACUUAAUGGAUGACACUGUCUCUGGCUUUGUGGACUUAGUCCCCGGCUAAAAUUGUUUACGAUGAAUCAUUUGUGACCGACUUUAAAGUCAAACAGCAUGUGGAGAAGAAACAGUAAGAGAGAUUCACAGUGAUUGAUGAGUAUGAAUGUAUUGGCUUAAGUUCAUUCUUGCACAAACUGCAUUCAUGUUCUCUGUGUAUGUAUAUAAAUGUACCAUUUUGUAUAUAGAGAAACUUAUAUUCAAUACUUGUACUGUUUGCAGUUAUAAACAUACUCAUUUCUGACAGCGUUGAGAGGCGUUAUAGUAGUAAUUGUGGUUCUAAACCAAACACAGCACUUUUUCCAGACUCCAAAGUCUGCCUUCAUUUAUUUCAUCAUGUUCAUCAUCCAGCUGUUUGUGCGCCUCGUAGGGAAGUUGGUAGUUCAUACCAGUGUUUCGCCUAUUGUUUUUCGUGCAGUGGUGACUGGAGGUGUCUUUCCUAUUCAUUUAUUUUUAUCUUAGAGGAAAGGGUUUAAUAAAUACUGAAUUGGAUGUAUUGUUUUAGUGAAUUAUGUUAAGAGAUUUGGACUAAAUUCUGCCCUAUUCAGCUUUUUUAAAUGCCACAUUUCUCUCGUAAUGGUGGACUUUUUCAUGUUGGGGUGGCUCAUCACUGCUGAAAGAUAACAGAGAAACAUUGGUCCCUAUAAGUAGACAAUCAGAGCCACUGAGGGCCUCUACCUCUCCGACAUGUCCCCAGAGGUGCAGUAUAGUACCGCUGAAUGUACUAACACCGCCUCACUAGUGACGGCUUAGCUGGGCUCCUGUCAAACCUUAAUGGGUGGGAGCCCUCAAUCAUCUGCUAUAUUCGGCCAAUUGCUCAUUUUGUCUGUUACUCAUAAAAUAAUAGUUGCUCAUGAGCCACUGGCAUUCCCCUCAACCACUCAUCUGGUCCAUUGUCCCGUUGUACCAACAUGGCGUACCAAAGUUACUGUUAUACCGAGGCCCAUGGAACUGAGGCCAACAACAAACAUCUCCAAGCCUGACAGCACUUAACUUUGGACUAUUACUGCAGCACAGGACCAUGGGAAGCCUGUAUGUAUCAGACCCCUGACUGAAAUGUGAACCUUUCAAAAGGACUUUUAAUAAAGGAGAGGCAACAUCUCUCAUUUUGUAAAGAGAGUGGAUCCCCCCCCUCCCCCUUGCACGACCAAAAGACAAUACUUGCAGAAAAAGUGGCAUUUUGAAAAGAUGAUAUUCAUACAAAGGUUGUAGAAGAGGUAAGAUCAAAAUUAAAGUUGAAGCCACAGAAGAAGAAAAAAAAGGCAGACAUUUCCGUUCAAGUUAUGUUGUUACAGUAACUCAUUAAACCUGAGCUUACAUGCCUAUAGGUAAAUGAUUAAUUUGCCUUGAUAAUCUAAUAUAUGUGUUACAAAGGGAACACCAUAUUAUGGCAUGUUUUGCUGUUCAUUUUUGGCAGCAACUCCAUAACUCAAAACUUGAGGUUUUUGUACAACGAAUAAUAGGUAAGGAUUAAGUUAAAAUGUAUUGUUGCCAUUCAACACUAUUUGCAAUACAGAACCAUCCUUUUUAAAAGCUUAAAACCUAUUUAUUGUUGUUACAAAACCAACUAAAA